AUGAAUGGACCUUUCCAGGACGUCGAACGGUUAGUAGUAAAACAAAGUCAGGAAGCUACGGAUCCCAUUCCUGAUCCAUCGCCCUCCCAUCAGUCCUCCACCUUUGAUCUUGAGCAAUUGGAUGAUCCACAAGCGAUCAUGGCUUGGAAUACCACUGAUGAGGAAAAAAGGGCUAGGAUGUCAGCACUCUUUGCUAGAGCAGCUUCCAAUGGAGAUUUGGGUAGACUCACUGAUAUUCUCGACAACUUUCGUGAUUGGGUAGAUAUCAACACCCAUGAGGAAGAUGGAUCGACGCCUCUGAUUUAUGCAUCGUGCUUUGGGCAGACUGCUGCUGUCUCUAUGCUCCUCAAUGCAGGUACCCAAGUGGAUGCAUGUGAUAAAUUCGGCUGGACAGCCCUCGUUUGGGCUACCAACAAUAAGCACGAAGGUAUUGUUCGACUGCUUCUGGAGCAUGGCGCUUCUCCAUCAGCUCAAACGGCCAAAGGACGCACUGUUGCUGACUUCUUGAAACACGACCCAAAUGAUACCACAAAGAUUGCUCAGAUCUUUCAAGAGCCAGUGUCUCGGACGUCCUUUGCAAGUGACUGCACGUUUAUGCGAGCCAAUGCGACGCUUCUUGAUUAUGAACAGUUUUAUAACGAGAUCAGUGUUCAGAACAGUCGACUAUACCCAGAUAGAUUGGAGAAUAACGAAAUCCUGUCUGAUAUCAUGAUGGGAGGCGACAGAAUCUUGUCCGAUCAGGCUGAAGAGGAAGGCGAGUUUGACUGGGAAAAUUGUCUACCAGAUCAAAUGUUUGUGUUUUCGAGCAGCGACAUUCCACAUAUUAUUGAGACCAUCAUCGUUAAGAUGGAGCCAGGGCGGUCGAGGUCUUAUAAACCUAUACCUGCAUACGUGAUCUUCCUUGCCGCACGGUUUGCACAUAAUUUUAGUACACCGGAACUAUUGGAUGAGCUCCUAGAUGCUACAGUGACAGCAAUUCAAUCGACCACGAAGACUGAUAUGACAUUGAAUGCAUUUUGGAUAUCCAAUACAAGCUCCCUUCUCCACUUCCUUCGUAAGGAUUCAAGUCUACGUGUCGCUUCAGGGAUAUAUCAGGCUCAAUUAGAAACAGUUUUACAAGACAUGGUCCGGAUGAUCAUUUUAGAUGCAGAAAAGAGGAUUGAGCCGGUCCUAAAGCCAGCGAUUUUAGAACACGAUACAAUUGUGGGUAUGAAUGAGAUUCAGUUUCAGUCAGAUUGGGCUUUUAGUUUUUGGCGAGGCAUUGCAAGUGGGAAUAGGAUGAGCAGGGCCAACAAACGUGCAAGUGCACCAGUAGCGGUUUUCAACCAGGACCUAGUUCAAGAACCUAUUGGAAGGAUGUCUUUACAGAUGCAAAGAUCGCCUUCACCGGAGCAGAGAGGCAUUUCGCCAAAAACAGUGACCACAAUGCUGUCUUCACUUUUGUUUGUGAUGCAGAUCUACGACAUCCAUCCACAGAUCAUACAAUAUGUCGUUGCGCAACUCCUGCAUUAUAUUUCUUGUGAGAUCUUCAACUCCAUGAUCCAAAACCGAAAGUACCUGUCACGAAGCAAAGCUCUCCAGGCUCGACUAAAUCUUUCGAUUCUUGAGGAUUGGCUCUGCAACAAUCGACUGCCUUCAUUAUUGGCAUCUCAUCUAGCACAUGUGGUUCAGCUCUUACAGCUAUUGCAGGUCCUAUCACAACAGAAGGACUUGGCAAUGUGGAUUGAAACACGCAGGAAGCUCGAUCUAUUAAACCCAACGCAGAUCAAGCAUGUGGUCAGUUCUUACCGUUACGAAGUGGAUGAAAUACAAUUGCCAGCUGAGGUAACCAAGUACGUGCUACAGGUUGUUGCCGAUACCGAGAAGGUCAGGCGUCAGAGUAUGAGCUCUACGUCUGGAUUGAAAGUACCCUUAUCCAGGAGAAAUAGUAUUAUACAAUGGGUUAGCUCAAGUGCUUCUGAUUCGAGUCCAAGUUCGAGUUCGAGUCCUUACACUGAUGAAGUGAAAGAUGCUGGUGCUGUCCGGCGCAGGUCACGCUCUAGUGCCUCCAUUAAUGAACCAAUUGAUAAAUACGACGAUGAAUCUGCCAAGGUCAAGAGCAGCCGGCAUUGGUUAUACUUUGAUGUGCCAGAGAAUUUAGGUACCCGCGACGAAAACACAGAAAGGGUGUUUGUGCCUCAUAUCCCUCAGGAAAUCAUGUCUCUCCUUGAUAAGGACGCGUAUUUCUGA